CUUGUCACGUGACCUGUUAUUAUAUUUGGCAGCCAUUUGUCAGCCGCAAAGAAGAAGAAAAAUGAGUAUUGAAGACAAAACAUCAGAUCAUUGAUACGUACCUGCUGGGUGUUGUACAGAUACAUCUCUAUAGUAGCUCUUUGGCCCUGACACUUCCCUACAGCAGCCAUGCCGGCGGACAUGUUUAUCUGUGGUUCCUGCCAUGCAAACUUCAGUGACAUUGACAACUUUGUGCAGCACAAGAAGGAGCCUUGUGAACCUGUCAACAACGACACUGAGAUCUUUACAGAAACCACAGACGGCACCACAGAGACUAUCAUACCUCUCAAUGUCGAGUCGUUGAACAAUGCCAUGAUGACAUGUACCGAGCCAUCAGAUGGUUCCGAACCUCAGACGGUGAUCAUCAUCCAGGGUGGAUCGGGGGAGGCCACCGACAUAUCCCAGACCAUCACCAUGCAGGGCACCUUCUCUACUGCUGAGGACGGACAGACCACCUUUAGCCCUGUACCUAACCUGCCUCAGACCCCAGCACCAGGAAAGAAAAGAGGAAGACCAAAGCAAAAAGGGUCAGCUCGUAAGCAAGCUGGAAAUAAACCUCCGGCAAAACCUUCAAAACCAGAUAUAGGGUCUGACGGCCGGUUUGUGUGCUCUAGCUGUAAGCGGUCAUUUACUAAAGAGAGAUUCUUUAACACACACAAAUGUAUGGGGACGACCGACUAUGUGGACCUUACCAGGAAACAGGUCAUGGACCUUGAACUAGAUGCAGAUGAAGUUGAAGAGGACCUGGAGGCAAAGGAUGAUCAUGUAUAUCAUCUAGAGGAAGAUCAUCCGUCUGAUGUUGAAGAGGAAGACAACUUGGACGGGGACUCUGACUUCAAGGUAAAGGAGCACCAGAAAAAGGCGAAGGAGGAUGACUGGGACAAGCCAGAAAGUACAGAUGGGGUUCAGGUGCUGGCCGACCCAGACGUGGGCAACACUCGCGCAGAGAAACCUUCUGAUUUUAUCACAGACCUGCCAAUAUUCACAUCGGAGGAAGAGAAGCUGAAAUUUGAACAGCAAAUGAAUGUAGAUCUGAGUGGAGUGGACUCCAUGUUUAAACAGCAUGCUAUAGCUCAGGACCUGAACGAGAAAGCUCCCAUGACAACGCGGAUGGUGACCACUUCCCUAUCACUGUUCUCCUGCUGUGUCUGUGAGAAGAUUUUUAAGACUCUGUCACACAUGAGAUUACACUGUCUGAUCCAUACAGACCUUAAGCCCUUCAAGUGUCCAAAGUGUCGAUAUGCAUCCAACUCGAAAGGUAACCUGUACACACACAUGAGGAAACAUACAGGCCAGUACUAUAAGUGUAAUGAUUGUUCUUUCAAGUCAGUCAACAAAAGUCAUUUGCUGGAGCAUGUGGCCACACACAAAAAGAAUAAGGAAAAAUGUGAUAUUUGUAAGAAGUCGUAUAAAACCUUAAAAUCCAUGGUUAACCACAUCAGGAAAUACCACAGCAGCUCAAUCCGGGGACGCGAAUACCUAGCCACCUUCCUCCAGAACCCUACCAAGGGCUCAACCGUCAUCCACCAGUGUCACGUCUGUAAUCGUAAGUUCAAGAAAAAGGUUGAUCGUGACAGGCAUCUGUUUGUACAUGACAUCAAAGACAUUCCGAGCAUACAACACUGUGAGUUGUGUGACUACACUGCCAGCCGUAAGGUUUACUUGGACAAGCACUACCAGAAACACAGAGUCAUCUACCGAUGUGUCAAGUGUCACAUCAAGUUCCUAAGUACAGUUCGAUUGAUUGACCACUUGACCAGUGUCCAUCUCAAGGUUGAUUUGUCCAACAAGUGGGAGGAGCUAUUUGAGCAGUGUAUCAAUUACAGUCUGUAUCUCCCUGAGCCUGACGAACUUCUUGAGAUGAAAGAGUUCAUCAACCUACCCCCAGAACUUUCUAGCUCUGUGAUGAAAAUAGAAGCUAAGCUAAAUGCUGAGCUUGGUGUAAUGUGUACGGACAAGUCUGGAGACAAGAUUGGUGCAGGUGAUGUAAACAGGGGUUCCAGGGUUGUGACAGAGGACAUAGCGUCUGUAGCAAUACCAAACUCACAGGAACAGGCCGGGGAAACUGACUGUGCAGGCCAGGGGGACCACAACUCCAUGUCGGAACACGAGUCUUUACUUGUUGAUUGUGCUACAGGUAAAUCAGUGGAUAACACUGAAACUUUAGAAGAUAACAGUAAAAAUGUAGACAACGCAGAGGUCAAUGAUAAAGAGGUCACUACACUUGAGGAAAGUAUGGAGACAGAAGCCACUCCAGCUGAUGUUGAUGAUGUUGUUCCAGAGACGGCAUCUUCCCCGGCUGAUGUUGAUGUUGUUGUUCGAGAGACGGCAUCUUCUCCGGCUGAUAUUGAUGCUGUUCCAGAGAUAGGUGCCUCCCCAGCUGAUGGUGAUGUUGUCGCAGAGACAGACAAUGGAGAAACGAGCACUUUAGAUGGGGAGGAAGAGCUGGAUGAGGAAGACGAUGAACUGGACGAAAGUCAGCUGGAGGAGCUAGGUAAUAUAGAUGGAACAGAUGGAACAGAAGGAACAGAAGGACCUGGUGGUAAGAUAGCCAGUAAGGAUCUCAUACAGCGUAUGGGCUAUCACAUGAUGACUAUGGACAUCUUCCACAAGAUGAGGGAGACAUUCGGUACGGAGGAGUGUGAAUACUGUGGAAAGCUUUAUUACAACAAGGUAGACUUCGACACUCAUCUCCGGACACAUACAGGAGACAAGCCGUUCCCCUGUAGUAUCUGUGGGUACCGGGGCCUGACUAAGGAGAACCUAAGUCGUCACAAGGAGAAGGAACACGAGAAGCUGACCUUCCCAUGUAAAGACUGUAACUUUGAGUUUGUGGCCAACAGUCGCUCACAGCUAUGGAACCACACCAUGAAACACAGAGGUCUGCACGAAGCCAUGGGUAUAGAGUGUCCCACCUGUAAAUCCAAGUUUGAGAACAUGAAGAAAUUGAAGGCGCACUUCAGCGAUGGCCACACUGAUCUAAACUUAGAUGAGCAGCUUAAAGUCACCGGCUACAAGGAGUUCAAACACCGCACACAGGGAAAGAUGGGUCGGAGGUCAUACAAGUGUCCAUACUGUGAUAAGGUGUUUAUACGAGCCAACUCAGAGCUUCAGAAACACAUAUGGAUACACGAGGGCAUCAAGCCAUACAAGUGCCCGCUGUGUACAUACUCCUGUCGCAGUAAAAACAAUCUUCAGGCCCACAUGCUGCGGCACACGGAGGAGAAGCCCUACUCCUGCUCAGAAUGCGGCAAGGCCUACAAGUCCCAGACAGCACUACGGUGGCAUGUCAGAUCUCACAAGGACGGCAAACUUUUCAAAUGUGACAGGUGUCCAUAUGAGGCCACACAGAGAAGUCACCUGAAGCGCCACCUCCAGACACAUGACGUGGUGAAGCGGUUCAUGUGUAUGCACUGCGAGUUUUCUGCCAACACUGUGGGCUACAUGAAGAUCCAUUACACACGCCACCACAAGGGUGAGACUUUUGAGUACCCCAACACCAGUGGAGUGGAGGUGGACAAGCGGGUAGUGAUGGUCGACUCCCAGGCUUACCGCUGCCUCAGCUGUGACUACCUCUUUGGUAACAUGAGCGAUCUCAAACGUCACCUCAAGAUUCGACAUCACCUCCAGGUGCAGCAGAUACAGGGGCUAGACAAGGUCCCACUCAGCGAGGUCCAGGUGCUUCAAUGUACAGAUGAGGCUCUUGCUUCUACCAUUGUAGAGCAGAUAUCAGAAGGGGAGACAACAACCGAUGUCAUAGAGCCUAGUCAAACAAUGGAGACCAAUGAUUUGGACGAGAAGACACAAUCUGCAGUCAGUUUAUUACAGCAGAUCAUUGACAUGUCUCAACAGGGAAGCCAGCCAUUUACCGUCCAGGGAGAAGAUGGCCAGAUGGUGUCGGUCAAUCCAGAGACCAUCAUCGUCCAGCAGGAGGGUGAGGAGGUGCUGCUGACCGAGGGAGGGGCUGGACUGGAUGGUAACCAGCAGUAUGUGAUCCAGUAUGUGACCCCUGAUGGAACCGAGUUUGACCAGCUGGACCAGGCCUCAUUGGUUGAGGUGCAGACCAUCCCCGAGGAGGUCGAGACCAUACAGACAAGCAUUGUUAUGGAGGAGGCCAAUGUGUCCAUGGAAACCUAAUAACUGGUUUUGGGCACAUGUUAAAAUUGUGCUUUUUGUCAAGUGGUUAUAUAGUCAAUAAUUGUUUUAAUUACCGGUAAAACUUCAUGAACUGUCCAGUUGGGUAACAGUUAAUAUUUAUUUGUAAAUGACUACUAAGAAUGACAACAAUUGUCAUUUCUAAACUGGACUUUGUGUGAAUGUCUAGUGAGUGUGAUUUAGGUGAAAUGUUUUAGAGCAGAGGCCGCCAUCUUGUGUCUCUAAAUUAUGAAUAAAUGAAUUGUAAUUGUGAUUAAGUGAGUAAUCUUGGAGUGUGGCCUUCUUCUUAGGUAACAGCGCUGUGAGUAAAUAUCUGUGUGAUUCAGAUGUCAUCUUGGAGCAGAGGCCUCAGUCAGAGGUUACUGGACUGCAAGUAAAUGUAUUUUAAGUGUGAUUAAGUGAGUAAUCUUGGAGUGUGGCCUUCUUCUUAGGUAACAGCGCUGUGAGUAAAUGUCUUGUGUGAUUCAGAUGUCAUCUUGGAGCAGAGGCCUCAGUCAGAGGUUACUGGACUGCAAGUAAAUGUAUUGUAAGUGUGAUUAAGUGAGUUAUCUUGGAGUGUGGCCUUCUUCUUAGGAAACAGCGCUGUGAGUAAAUGUCUUGUGUGAUUCAGAUGUCAUCUUGGAGCAGAGGCCUCAGUCAGAGGUUACUGAACUAUAAGUAAAUAUAUUGUAAGUGUGAUUCAGAGAGUAGCAUGGAGAAUUGGCCUCAUCAAUAGGUCAUUGGACUACAAGUAAAUGUAUUGUAAGUGUGAUUCAGAGAGUAGCAUGGAGAAUUGGCCACAUUAAUAGGUCAUUGGACUACAAGUAAAUGUAUUGUAAGUGUGAUUCAGAGAGUAGCAUGGAGAAUUGGCCUCAUCAAUAUGUCAUUGGACUACAAGUAAAUGUAUUGUAAGUGUGAUUCAGAGAGUAGCAUGGAGAAUUGGCCUCAUUAAUAGGUCAUUGGACUACAAGUAAAUGUAUUGUUAGUGUGAUUCAGAGAGUAGCAUGGAGAAUUGGCCACAUUAAUAGGUCAUUGUACUACAAGUAAAUGUACUGUAAGUGUGAUUUAGAAAGGCCAUCUUGGACUAGGGCUUUCAUCAUAGAUCACUGGAUUGUGAGUAACUGUAUUGCGCGAUUUGUCCGAGUUUUCUUUGAAAAGGGGCCUCUGAACUAGGGUUAAAUGCCUCUAUGAUGCGUCUUUCCUGUAACUACUGAUAAUGGACACUUGCCAAAUGCUAUUACAAAAUGAACUUAAAAGAGAGAAAUAAAUUCAAUUGAGCUGUUAAUCUAUUACAAAUUUAUUAAAAAGAAAAAAUAUGUGAAAACAAAAUAGACGUCUUGUUCUGUUUUGAGUAAAAGUUAGUCAUGAAAGGGAAAAGCAACAAGUUUUACCCAGGUAUGUCAGCUAGCACUAGUCAUUGAAAUAUAUACUGAAAGGAUCCCUUUA